AUGGUUGCCACGUUCAUUCUCACUCGGGCCUUUGCCAUUUCUGCUAUGCUUGUCGGUGCUAUCUCGUCAGCUUAUGCAGCUCCCGUGCCUACGACUCUCAAGCCCCGAGAGAUGCUGACGAACUACAUCGCUGAGCCUGCGGACUCGAAUGUUCUCGGUGAUGCUGCGCCGAUAGGACAUGUUGAUACUGCACAACCUGACAUUGACCUCGUCACGGAUAUGAUUCCAAGUCUGCUCUCAUAUAGCCCCGCCGAGGGAUUUGCGCACGGCCGCAUCCCGACCUCUCCUUCCUUUGUCAGCCUCUCCUUCAUGGACCACAGUCGUUUCGUCGUCCAAUGA